AUGAGUACAGCUACAGCUACAACUAAAGCUCAAGUCCCCAUGUCUGAAAAGAGUGCUACGUCGUCUAGUGUCAAGCCAAAGAAUCAGAAAUCAAGAAAUGGAUGCCUCACUUGUAAGAAAAAAAGACUUAAAUGUGAUGAGACUAAGCCAAGUUGUAACAAUUGUCUCAAGAAGAAUAUAGAAUGUGGUGGUUAUUCUACAAAUUUCAGGUGGAAAACAUUUGAAGAAACUUCAACUUCUUUCAAAGUGAUGAAGUCUACUCCAAAACAAGCCAGUAAGAAGAAGACGUCCUUGGAUCAAAAGAAAUCUAAUAUACCUAAUCCAGAUCAAAAGAAACUAGAGGCCAAACAAGUGGAAAAUGUUGAUCAAAGAAUAAUGAUGAAAAGAUCCUUAUCUUUACCUGAAUCUGAUAUUUUCCAAAAUGCUUUACAACAGGCUACUUUAUCAAUUGCUGGUAAAACUUUCCAAGAAUUAGCCAAACAAAAUGAAUUGAUGGCCCUUGGUAAGAACCCAAAUGGUAAUAAUAAUUCAUCAACAUCAGUCACAUCGUCAUCAUUACCUCCAGAGACCCCAACAAUUGAUAAUAAUAAGAUACAACACCCACAAACCAUUGACCCAAAACCCACAAAUGACGUUGAAUCUGCUGCUCCAAAACAACAUUCAUUACCAAACUCACCAAUUAAUGAACCAACCACAGGCCUAUCACCAAGCAUUGUUGAUCAAUUUCAUUACAACUUGCCUUCACCAAUGAACCACAAUAAUAACAAAAACCAAAACAAGAGAAGAAGAUUAUCCAAUUCAGUUCAAACACCCAAUAAUGACACCUUCAACAACAACAACCUGAUAACAGGCUUAUCACCACCUGCAUUCUUGGGAUCUCCAUCAUUUUCCACAUUGGUUAGAGCAUUUACUGAUUUCGAUUCAAUGAAUAUUCCAUCACCUUCAAAUAUAGAACUAUCCCCGAAAAUUGAAGAAGCUAUUGAAGAUGAUGAUGAAGAGGAUAAUAGUAAGUCAUUAGAGGAGUCUCAAGGUGCUUUGCAUUCUAUGAGAAGAGCUAAUUCUGUUGAUUCAAUUUUCUCUAGUGGUUCAUUACCUCAAUAUCGUAAAGAGUUGAUUACAUUUUCAAAUUCAUUUAACAAUAACCAACAACAACAACAAGAUCAAUUUAGACUACCACCUUCAUUCACAAUAUCCAAGAAGAACGAAUUAACCACAGAAUUUGAUAAAAUUGCCAACGGAUUCCAUAAAUAUACUUCCACAAUCAUGUCAAUCAGAGAUGGACCAACCGAAAACCCAUGGAGAACUGUCAUUUGGCCCAUGGCUUUAAAACAUUCAGUAUUGUUUAAAUCUUUAGCCUCAAUGACAUUAUUGCAUAUUGCUAGGAAUGAUGAAGAAACUAAAAGAAUCGGUAUGACUUAUAUGAAGCAGGCAAUCAAUGAAUUAGCACAGGGGUUAACAGAUAAUUCAAUCCCUAAUGAAGUUGCAUUGGCAACUUGUAUUGCAUUAACAGUGACAGAGACUUGGUCCACACAGGUGACAACAGGUAUUGCUCAUCUAAGAGGCGCUAAAUCCAUAAUUAACAAGAUUUUAAAAAACCAUGAGAAUUCUCAUCAACCAAUUUCACCAACUUUUAAAGUAUUGUGUAAUAUUUUCAUCUAUCAUGAUGUUUUGGCAAGGAUUGUUUCAUCUCAAUUGAUUGAUUCGAAUGCUUAUGAUCAAAAUAGUGAAAUGAUUAAAUAUUUGAAAAAAGUUGAAGCUGUGGAAGCUGAGGAAAGACAGAAAAGUAAUAGUCCGGAAAGUGAUACUGAUGAACAUGUUAAUAGGUUGCUCAAUGGGUUUAGUGGUGUGGAAGUUGAUGAUACAAUUGAUCCUUUAUUAGGUUGUGCUCAGGAUUUAUUUUUAAUAAUUGGUAGAACAGCUUCAUUAAUCACCAAGACAAGAAGUUUGAACAAGAUUUCAUUAUCAAUAGUUUCCAAUGCUGUUGCUCUCAAGACUGAAUUGGAGAAUUGGAAACAUAAACAAUUGAUCAAACAACCAAAGUUUGAAGAUCCUUAUUGUGAUUUACCUUCAAUUAUAGCCACUGCUGAAUCUUACCGUUAUGCAACUUUAUUAUAUUUACACCAGGCUAUCCCGGAAAUCCCAUCUCAAACUUCAAGGGAUUUAGCUGAAAAAGUUUUGAUGUUAUUAGCUUCAAUUCCAACAAAUUCUAAAACUUGUCUGUUGCAUAUUUUCCCAUUAUUAGUUGCCUCAUGUGAAAUGGAUGAUAAAGAGGAUAGAGAUUGGAUCAUUGCAAGAUGGCAAGUAUUAUCCCAAUUAAUGGGGAUUGGGAAUAUUGAUAGAGCUUAUGAAAUUGUUAAAGAGGUUUGGAGAAGAAAAGAUUCAUUGAAUAAAGGAGGUGAUGGGUUUAAAUGGGAUAUUCAAGAUCAAAUUGAUGCUUUAACUGCUGAUAAAAGAGAUGAUGCAAGAGGUGUUAAUAGUUGGACUCAUUGGAGUACCGUGAUGAAAGAGUGGGGGUGGGAAAUCCUCUUGGGUUGA